AUCGCCGCCGAAAGAUGGCGUCAAACUCCGCUUCAAAAUCGCCGCCUGAAACAUCGCAAACCGAGAGGCUCGACUCGGCAUAGAAGGAGAACAUAAAAAAAGCAAAAGAAAAAGAUGUCGGAUUCGACCACGUUAUAAAUCGAUAGAUAAAUCCGCGUGCAUGAGGAUCACAGCAACGGCAGAGGAACAUGCUAGUGAAGUGCGUCGCUGUCGAGAAGAACUGGCACGAGACACCGCUACCACUAUCGAUAUCCGCGCAGGCCAUCACGUCAGUAUCGAUACCCGCGUCAGCUGCUGUGUCGCAUAACUAUUCCUGAGGGAGGGACUGGGUUGGAGUCGACGAUUGUAGCAGUCGAUGACGCCGAUGACGGUGUAUCAUUGCUGACCGCGCGAUCGCAAAAUAUAACCUCUUCACGCGUAAAAUGCUCCAGUUCUCAGCAGUCUACCCACAAGCACCGCUGUUUGGAGAAACCUGAUCCUCGCCAGGAUCGCACACCGUUCUUCGCCGUUGCCGCUCGUUCAACGCCGUUUUCCACGAUCAUCACCGACAGCUCUCAUCAUGAAAGUAAUCGUGAAGAAGCUACAGGGAAAGGAAUGCGUCGUUGACAUAUUGCCAUCAGAGACGGUGUUGGAGUUAAAGCAUAAAGUCAGCGAUCUCUUAGGUAUCGACGUGCCACAACAAAGAUUAUUGCUUACUGGCAAAACGUUAGCGGAUGAGAAUCCUCUAAGUUUCUAUCCGGGAAUCAAGGAUGGCAGUAAGUUAAAUUUAUUGGUGAUAGGCAAGAAAGCGGACGAAGGUUCCAGUGAGGCGAAGCCGCCCCAGCAGAGAUCUGGCACUCACAUACUCAGAGACGAGAUUUCUCGAGUGCUGAGGCAUUACUACACGGUAUCCGAGACGGAGUCCAUAGUCAACGAGCUGAUAAAGGACUUGAAAAACAAAGUGAAUAAUCUUAGUUACGACGAUUUAGAGAGACUAGCCACCGCGUUACUCCAGGACCAAGAGAACAUAGCUUAAGGAACACUUCAGAUUUUUCCAGUUCUGCUUAACGAUUGAUCAUUGUAAUACGUGUUUAUUUAAUUGAAGCGUUGCUAAACGUUGCCUUAUAUAUAUCAUACCAUUGCGCCACCCUCCCCCCCUAAUAAGUAAUCGGCACAUCGUGCGUCCAAGUCGUGCGGACCGGACACGGUUUGAGAAAUUUCGUAUACCGCUCUACACUUGGAAAUAAAGGUUUAAAGUAAUUUAGUUUAUUGUAUUUGCUAUACAGAAAGAGAUGCACGUGUCACAUCGUGCCAUAAGGAUGUGUCGUAUUGGAUGUGCGUUAACGGAUGAUAAACUGUUAAGGAUCGGCCAGAUCCAACUCGUGGAAGUAUCUGGCCACCAGGCAGAUAAAUAAAUUCAGCGCCCCUAGCUCCCUCGCGCUCAGUUCUCUCUGAAAAAAAAAGAAAAGGAGGAGAAUAGCGUUAGCAAAUUCUGACAUAAACUUUUUGUAGAUACCAACGAGACACGAUGAGCUAGUUUAAGCGUAGAAGAAAAGUUCAGUCCGUUAUUUUCUCAACCUUUUGUAAUCCGACGAAGAUGCGUGUGUUUCUAAUGUCGCCCGAAACCUUUUUCUAACUCGCCGAGGACAAGAUUGCAACAGCGUAAAUAGAGUAAACAACAGGAAGUUAUGCAAUAAAAAUGUUUUGUUAAUAGAAA